AUGAUUCUGGUUAAGAGAAUGAGAGAAACAUUAUACUCUUCCCUCCUUCUUCAGGAUAUAUCGUUUUUUGACAAUGAAACAGUAGGAGAUUUGACAAGUAGACUUGGGGCAGAUUGUCAGCAAGUUUCAAGGGUUAUUGGAAAUGAUCUUAACUUGAUAUUGCGCAAUGUCCUUCAGGGGGGAGGUUCAUUAAUCUACUUGUUGGUUUUGUCUUGGCCACUUGGUUUAUGUACGUUGGUGAUAUGCUCCAUAUUAGCAGCGGUCAUGUUACGUUAUGGAAGGUACCAGAAGAAGGCAGCAAGGUUGAUCCAAGAAGUCACUGCUUCUGCUAAUAAUGUAGCUCAAGAGACAUUCUCUCUUAUUAGAACUGUUCGAGUUUAUGGAACAGAAGAAGAAGAACAGGAGAGGUACAAAUUGUGGCUGGAAAAAUUAGCUGACAUAAGCUUGCGCCAAAGCGCUGCAUAUGGAUUUUGGAAUUUUAACUUCAACACUCUUUAUCACUCAACUCAGGUUAUUGCCGUGCUAUUUGGAGGAAUGUCUAUUCUAGCGGGUCAUAUUACAGCAGAGAAACUUACUAAGUUUAUACUAUACAGUGAAUGGUUAAUUUAUUCAACCUGGUGGGUGGGCGACAAUAUAUCCAAUUUGAUGCAGUCAGUUGGAGCUAGUGAAAAAGUGUUCAAUUUAAUGGAUCUCUCACCUAGCAGCCAAUUUAUCACAGAAGGAAUGAGGUUGCAAAGUUUAACGGGGCAUUUGGAGUUUGUAAAUGUAUCUUUUCACUAUCCUUCGAGGCCAACGGUAUCUGUAGUGCAACACGUAAACUUUGUUGUCAAUCCUAGCGAGGUGGUUGCCAUUGUCGGUCUUAGUGGCAGCGGAAAAAGCACAUUGGUGAAUCUUUUGCUCCGUCUCUAUGAGCCUACAAGUGGUCAGAUUUUGAUCGAUGGUGUCCCUCAUAAAGACUUGGAUGUCAUGUGGUGGAGAGAGAGAAUCGGAUAUGUGGGACAGGAACCAAAGCUAUUCCGGAUGGAUAUUAGCUCGAACAUCAGAUAUGGAUGUACUCGAGAUGUAAAGCAGGAGGAUAUUGAGUGGGCUGCGAAGCAGGCCUAUGCUCACGACUUUAUCUCAGCACUUCCUAAUGGUUAUGAAACACUUGUUGAUGAUGAUCUUUUAAGUGGUGGACAAAAACAGCGAAUUGCUAUUGCUAGGGCCAUUCUUAGGGACCCAAAAAUAUUGAUCCUUGAUGAAGCCACUAGUGCAUUGGAUGCUGAAAGUGAACACAAUGUGAAGUUCCAGCAUACAAAUCACACAUAA